GGGUGGGAUAGGGGAUGCUGCUGUGGUCCCCGUGCGCUCUCGGUGUCGGUAUUAAACCCGCUGUUGUGUUCUGUCUCUGUUCUGCCCCCUCCCUGCAGAGCUCAGAAGUAAGUGUGCCUGUCUCCCUCGUUCCCAUCCGUGUGCAUGGUGCCGUGCUGCAAAACGGGGAGGGGGGGUGGGCUGACAGCGUGGGGGCAUCCCUGGGAGUCUCAGGGUCCUGCGGAAUCUCGGAGCCCCCCGUGCACGGGGUUGGGAGGCUCCGUUGGCUGCAUGCUGGGGGCCAGGGGGACCCCACGAGGCAACGCUGACCCCCACUCCCCUUUCUCCCACAGGCUGAGGAGCGUGAAGAUGGAGCAGCGCAAGCUGAACGACCAGGCCAACACGUUGGUGGACCUGGCCAAGACCCAGAACAUCAUGUACGACAUGGUCUCGGAGCUGCAGGAGCGCAACGAGGACCUGGAGAAGCGCAUCAGCGCGCUGGAGGGGAAGCUGGAGGCGCUGGGGCUGAGCCUGCUGGCGCUGCCGGCGCUCGUCAGCCAAGCCAUCGGGCAGCAGCAGCGUGAGCUGUUGGGGAGCUGGGCCCCCCGUCUCUGCCCCGCCACCGCCCCCUGCACCCCCGCCCGCCGCCGUCGCUCCCCUUCCACAGCCCCCCACAGCUCCUCGGACAGUGGGUGACCGUGGCGGGGGGGGGGGGUGCAGGGGUGGGAGGGAUGUGCCGGGGUCCCUUAUGUCUGGCCAUCGUGUGGCUGAUUUCAGUAGCUUUGUUCUGUAAAGCCCUCUAUAAACUUCCUGCGUUCACUGUG